GCGCGGCGCGGCGCGGGGCGAUGGGCUGAUGCGCGCGGGCGCGGGCAGGAUGCGGGGCGCGCCGGGCCGGCUGCUGCCGCCGCUGCUGCUGCUGCUGCUGGCGCCCGGGCUGCGCGCCCCGCCCGGCUGCCCCGUGCCCGUGCGCGGCUGCAAGUGCUCCAGCGAGCGGCCCAAGGGCCCGGGCGGCGGCGGCGGCGGCGCCCCCAGCCCCGCGCGCCGCCGGGUGGUGUGCGGCGGCGGGGACCUCCCGGAGCCCCCCGCGCCCGGCCUCCUGCCCAACGGCACCGUCACGCUGCUCUUGAGCAACAACAGGAUCAGCGGGCUCCGAAACGGCUCCUUCCUGGGACUCGCCCUGCUGGAGAAGCUGGACCUGAGGAACAACGUCAUCAGCACGGUGCAGCCCGGAGCCUUCCGGGGAUUGGGGGAGCUUAGGCGCCUAGAUCUCUCCAACAACAGGAUCGGCUGCCUCGCCUCCAGCACCUUCCAGGGCCUCCCCAGGCUUCUCCGACUAAACAUCUCUGGAAACAUCUUCUCCAGUCUGCCGCCCGGGGUCUUCCAGGAACUGCCGGCCCUGAAGGUCGUGGACCUGGGCACUGAGUUCCUGACGUGUGACUGCCGCCUGCGGUGGCUGCUGCCCUGGGCGCGGGGCCGCUCCCUGCAGCUAUCCGAGCGCACGCUCUGCGCCUUCCCUGCCGCCCUGCGUGCCCGGGCCCUGGGUGGCCUCCAGGAGAGCCAGCUGCGCUGCGAGGGUGCCCUGGAGCUGCACACACACCACCUCAUCCCAUCUCUGCGCCAAGUGGUGUUCCAGGGGGACCGGCUGCCUUUCCAGUGCUCGGCCAGCUACCUGGGCAACGACACCCGCAUCCGCUGGUACCACAACCGGGCCCUGGUGGAGGGGGAUGAGCAGGCGGGCAUCCUCCUGGCCGAGAGCCUCAUCCACGACUGCACCUUCAUCACCAGUGAGCUGACGCUGUCUCACAUCGGUGUGUGGGCCUCGGGCGAGUGGGAGUGCUCCGUGUCCACGGCCCAGGGCAACGCCAGCAGGAAGGUGGAGAUCGUGGUGCUGGAGACAUCUGCCUCCUACUGCCCGGCUGAGCGAGUGGCCAACAACCGUGGUGACUUCAGGUGGCCCCGCACUCUGGCUGGCAUCACAGCCUACCAGUCCUGCCUGCAGUACCCCUUCACCUCGGUGCCCCUGAGCGGGGGUGGCCCAGGCACCCAGGCCUCCCGCCGCUGUGACCGUGCCGGCCGCUGGGAGCCCGGCGACUACUCGCACUGCCUGUACACCAACGACAUCACCCGCGUGCUCUACACCUUCGUGCUGAUGCCCAUCAACGCUUCCAAUGCACUGACCCUGGCCCACCAGCUGCGCGUGUACACGGCCGAGGCCGCCAGCUUCUCGGACAUGAUGGACGUGGUCUAUGUGGCUCAGAUGAUCCAGAAAUUUCUGGGCUAUGUCGACCAGAUCAAAGAGCUGGUGGAGGUGAUGGUGGACAUGGCCAGCAACCUGAUGCUGGUGGACGAGCACCUGCUGUGGUUGGCGCAGCGUGAGGACAAGGCCUGCAGCGGCAUCGUGGGCGCCCUGGAGCGCAUCGCGGGGGCUGCCCUGAGCCCCCACGCCCAGCACAUCUCCGUGAACUCCAGGAACGUGGCGCUGGAGGCCUACCUCAUAAAGCCGCACAGCUACGUGGGCCUGACCUGCACGGCCUUCCAGCGGCGGGAAGGCGCGGCCCCCGAGCCCGAGCCCCCCGGGGACCAGCAGCUCCGCUUCCGCUGCACCACCGGGAGGCCCAACAUCUCCCUGUCGACCUUCCACAUCAAGAACAGCGUGGCCCUGGCGUCCAUCCAGCUGCCACCCAGCCUGUUCUCGCCCCUGCCGGCCACGCUGGCGCCCCCCGAGCCCCCCGACUGCACCCUGCAGCUGCUCGUCUUCCGCAACGGCCGCCUCUUCCGCAGCCUCGGCAACACCUCCCGGCCGGGCGCCGCGGGGCCUGGCAGGAGGAGAGGGGUGGCUACCCCAGUCAUCUUUGCCGGAACCAGCGGCUGUGGCGUGGGGAACCUGACGGAGCCGGUGGCCGUCUCUCUGCGGCACUGGGCCGAGGGGGCUGAGCCCGUGGCCGCCUGGUGGAGCCAGGAGGGGCCCGCGGGGCCGGGGGGCUGGAGCUCCGAGGGCUGCCAGCUCCGCUCCAGCCAGCCCAACGCCAGCUCGCUGCACUGCCAGCACCUGGGCAGCGUGGCCGUGCUCAUGGAGCUGAGUGCCUUCCCGCGGGAGGUGGGGAGCUCGGGGGCGGGGCUGCACCCCGUGGUGUACCCCGGCACCGCCCUGCUCCUCCUCUGCCUCUUCUCCACCAUCAUCACCUACAUCCUCAACCACAGCUCCAUCCACGUGUCCCGGAAGGGCUGGCACACGCUCCUGAACCUGUGCUUCCACAUGGCCAUGACCUCCGCCGUCUUUGCCGGGGGCAUCACUCUCACCAACUACCGGGUGCUCUGCCAGGUGGUGGGCAUCACCCUGCACUACUCCUCGCUGUCCACACUGCUCUGGAUGGGCGUGAAGGCCCGGGUCCUCCACAAGGAGCUCACCUGGAGGGCGCCCCCUCCCCAGGAAGGAGACUCAGCGCCCCCGGCCCCCCGGCCCAUGCUCCGGUUCUAUCUGAUGGCCGGAGGGAUCCCGCUCAUUAUCUGCGGUAUCACAGCAGCUGUCAACAUCCACAACUACCGGGACCACAGCCCCUACUGCUGGCUGGCGUGGCGGCCGAGCCUGGGCGCCUUCUUCGUGCCGGUGGCCCUGAUCCUGCUCAUCACCUGGAUCUACUUCCUGUGCGCGGGGCUGCGGCUGCGGGGCCCCCCGGCGCAGAGCAGGGCGCCCCCGGGCGCGGGCCGGCUGCGGGGCCCCGGGGCGCCCCCGGGCGAGGCGAGCGCUGCGCCGCCGGGGACCCCCGAGGGCGCGGACGGGCCCUGCUCGCCCGGGGCGCAGCUGGGCGCGCUGGUGACCACGCACUUCCUCUACCUGGCGCUGUGGGCGUGCGGGGCGCUGGCCGUGUCCCCGCGCUGGCUGCCCCGCGUGGUGUGCGGCUGCCUGUACGGCGCGGCCGCCUCGGCGCUCGGCCUCUUCGUCUUCACGCACCACUGCGCGCGGCGCCGGGACGUGCGCGCCGCGUGGCGCGGCCGCUGGCCCGCGGGUCCCCCGGGCCUGAAGCCCCCCGCGGGCGCGGCGCCCUGCAAGCUCACCAACCUGCAGCUGGCGCGGGGCCCCGCCGAGCCCGCCGAGCCCGCCGAGCCCGCGCCGCCGCCCGACAGCAGCGCCGGCCCGCCCGCCGCCGCCGCCGCCGGCCUCAACGGCGGCCCCCGCGGCGCCAGGGACGAGGACGGGCCGGCCGGCAAGACGGGGCUGUGGAAGAGCGAGACCACCGUGUAG